GUUUUCCAGUGCAGAAGACUGAGAAAUCAUCCGCUUUAGGGCAAAACAUACCAGAGUCAUGAAACACCGCGUGGCCCAGAGCCUCAGAGGCAGAAAGUCCUGGAAAUAAUCAGGUCAGACCGGUCCGUCCUGUUCUUGUGCUAAGGUCUAUCCAGUAACACGCAACAUCACGGGUUAUGUUCCAAAUGCCUUGUGAUUAAACCCCGAGUGCUCCGAUUAGGGCGCAGGAGGGAUUACUGAACAGACUAGUGCUCCUUUACAGAGAGGAGGGAGGUUUGAGACCUAGCCGUUCUCUCGAGAAUUCAGUGUUGCCAGAUUGAUGAAUUACCCAUCAAUUUAUCAUAUUCAUUUGAAUAGGCAAAUAUGGUGGCGUAUCCAAUUGUGGAUUUUUUUAAAGAAUAGAUUAAUCAGAAUUUUUACUGAACGUAUCAUUUCAAUUAUUUAUUCCGAUCUGGCACCUCUGGCGGAACUCCAGAUGUUGCCAGCGGCGACUCAACAGGAGAAUGGAGUAAUGAAGUGUUGCAGCGGUUAGUCAUCGUGCGAUCCACAACUGAGAACCUGAAGAACAUCCGUGUUGUGUGUGGUGUCCGUGUGAAGAACAUGAAGCCGAAUGAUGAGAUUCAGAAGCCAAUUCGGUUAAUAGCGGCAGCGUGCAGAAACAUGGGCAUAGGCAAUGAUGGUCGCCUUCCGUGGAAUCUACCGAUGGAGUUUCAGUACUUUUUGAAUACCAUCACAGCUGUGUUUAAACCUGGAAAAAAGAACCUGAUCAUAUGGGGUAAACACAGCUGGUUCACCUGCCCAGAGAGUGUUUUCCCCCUGGCCAACAGCCUCAAUGUGGUUCUAAGCAAAAAGUUAAUGUCUGUCCCAAAGCAUGCACACUACCUGUGUGAGGAGUUUGCCAGUGCAGUUAAAUUGGCUUCUCGUCUUCCUCUUAGUGAUCAUAUAGAGACCAUCUGGAUCUUAGGAGGGACUCGAGUGUACAAGGAAGCUCUGGAGCACCCUUGGUGUGACCUCAUCUACCUCACUGACAUCAUGGCUGACUUUGACUGUGAUGUUUUUUUCCCAAGUUUUGACCAAAAUAUUUAUAAGAAACAAAACAAUUACCCUGGUGUGCCAAAUGAGAUUCAAGAAGAAAAUGGCAUCAAAUUUCGAUUCCAAGUCUUCAGGAAGGAAAGCUGACCAAUUAACUACAAUAAGAGGAAAGCAGUUUUAUUUCUAUAAGAUAUGACUGAAAAAUAAAAACUAUUUUUAUCUUCUAUUUUAAAUCAAAUAUUGUAUUUUGUGAACUCCCCAGAAAAUCACAUAUGGUCCAAUUACUUCAAAAUUACUUAAAUGUUAUUUUCCACCAGACAAACACAUGUUCAUAUACAAACAUUAAACAACAUAAGUAUUGUUUAAGUAUUUAUCUCUAUGAACUUCUCUAUAUUUAUUUUGUAAUUUUACAGCCUGGGUUUCAUAAAGGAAAGGUGGACUAAAGGCCAUAAUCUUGUUUUGAAGUUUACCUAAAAAGCAUACUGGAGAUUAAAACUUACACAUUCUAACAUUGAAAUGGAACUUUCUGGUCUUGGCACAAAUAAUUCGUUGAGAAUGUGAUCCCCACAAUGUAACACAGUGGUGAUAGCAUGAAGUCAAUUUCUACCCUUGACCUCUGACUAAUACCCACUUUCCCCAGUCACUUGUGGCUGGUUGUCAUUUCUAUAUUUAUAAGAAUAUUUGCCUUUAAACCCUUAGUGCUUAUUGGUAAAUAAUCUAACACACUGUAUAGAUAAUAAUUUUAACUUCAGUAUUAUGUAGGUUCAAUUUGAAUAAAAGCUACUUUCAUUCCAGGUUGUAACCUGAAAUAAUGUGAAAUAGUCCACGAGAUAUAAAUAUUAAAAAAAAGCUCAAACAUAGAAUACAGAACCAUAUAGAGAAUAUGCUUUUAACAAUUUAAUACUUGUGAUCCUGAAACUCACAAGUGCAAUGCUACAUAUAAAAAGAAGGAGCAGAUGGUCAAGCAGAAAUAAGUGCCGAAAAAGUAAUCUCGUCUCUCCCAGUGUUCGAAUCCAAUGUAAACCGGUUUGCAGCGACUCACCAGGCUCAUUAUCUCAUUGCAUCACAAUAUGCUGUCAAUAGAAUUGAAAUUUAUUGAAGGGACUAAAAACAUUAAGCUUCUCCAUCCUACAUGCACGAGAUGCAUUAAUAUUUCAUUUGCCACAUGAAGUUAGAAGCUCUGUCAUUCUUUAUUUUCACAAAACUGAAUUUUGUUCUUAAUAUAAUAUUUUAUAUUAUGGACAAGGUAAAUUGAAUUUGAUUAGACAACUAAAAGUCAAUUUCCUCUGAAUAGAAUGACCCACUUUCUUUAUCUUAUACUGUUAUGUGUGACAGAUUUUUAAAGAUUCAUGGAAAUUGAGUGCUUUUCAAAACAAAUCAAAUAUUCUCUAUUUAAAUUAUAGGGCAGGCUGGAGCAGAGGGUUUGACCCCAGUUCAUUCUUGAGCAUCAACUCAAUCUUCUCGUGUGUGUGCAGUUCUAAAUGCUCCUAGCCGUAAUCCCACCUCUAAAAAAACCUUUCCAGUAGGCGGUUUGACUACUCUAAGCUGCCCAAAAGGAGUGAAGAUGGGUGUGAAUAUGGAUGUUUGCAAAAGGUUUACACAGAAUGGCCUUCAAAAUCAUCAAAUCAAAACUGACCAGGCUACAAAGUGACACGUCAUCACACAUUCUUCAUUCUGAUGAUCAGUGAAGUCUGGAUGAAGCUCUUGAGAUGUAUCAGCAUGGUUUGUUGGCUUUGUGCUUCUCCCAAAUGAUGAACUAUUUAAAUUAUGAAACUUGUACAGUUGUUUCUAAUAAGGUGGACAGUGAGUGUAUAUGUUAUAUGAUUUUACUGAUAUUUUAGAAAAGGGUAUCAUCCGACUGAUUUUAUACACCAAAGAUUAUAUCUCCGCUUUUACUUUACCUACCUACAUUAAUGUAAUUGCUGAAUAAGCAAAUAUCUGACAUUCAAAACAACUGUGUUCUUAUUGGUUAAAUAUUCUAAAAUAAUAUUUGCAAGUCUGCAAGUAGAAUCUAAGUAGAAAAUCAACACAGCACACGGGUUGCUAAAACAUACAAUGAUUUUUCCACUAGAUGGAGACUUUGAUCAGUGUAAACGUUUGAAGACGCACUUAAUAUUUAUUUAAAGAAUAAUGUGUGAUAAAACAGUUUUUUAUACUAAUUAAUUUAAUCGAUUAGCAAUCUGCUAAAACUUUUUUUAAAUAUUUUUCUAUAAUCUUUUAUAUUCAGGUUUGCCACUUUUUGAUAUCCGAUGGAAAAUGAAAGCACUAAGCACUUCUGUCAUCUUUUAUGCCUGUACUGUAUUAUUCCACACAUGGGAUAUUUACCAACUAAAUAAUAUUCUAUCAUUCUGUGUCCAAGGCAGGAAAUGAGAUAUUUCACUUGUCAUCUGCAUUCAUAUUCUGCUUGUGUAAUCCCCCAUGAUGCCAAACAUUUGUCAGUAAGACCAAGUGAUAUGUUUUAAAUAAAAAAGUAAUACCA